AGAGGGGGAGUCAGGAUAAGCCAACCCCACAUUUGGAAAUGACAAUGCAGCAGUGAAAUUUCUCUCUCUCCUCCACACACACCCACCCCCCCGCCACUGGAGGAAGUCCUUGGCUUGACGUGUGGGUGACUGUUCUUUGGAUUGUUGCACAGGAUUUGGACUUUGAAAUGGACCCAGCAUGAACGAGAUUACAGAAGGCUGCAUUAAAGGAACUGAAGAAUUAUCAGACAACUAGGCUGAACCACUGCUGACUCCAUGGCCUACUGUACUUCAGGAAGAAUGGACAAGCUAUUAGGAAGAUCGUGGUUCCAGCUACUUCUGUUAUCACUGCUUUUUAGUUUAGGCCAAGGAAAGAAAAUUAACCACUGUGUGGCUUCUAGAGCAAACAGCUGCACCGAAUGCAUCCGAGUGAGCAGCAACUGUACUUUUUGCAUGGAUGAGAACUUCAAAGGCACCCGCUGUGAUUUGGAAAGUAAUCUAAAGAGCUAUGGCUGCCAAAACAACAUAAAACUGAUGCAUGGAGAGUUGUUAAAGACAAAGGAUUUCCAAAUUGAUACAUCUCUGAAGAAAACACAAGUAUCUCCACAGCAUAUAUCACUGAAACUGAGAGCUGGUGACGAAGUAAGCAUUUCCAUGAAGGUGUUUGAGCCCAUUGAAUCUCCCGUGGACCUCUACAUCCUUAUGGAUUUUUCAUAUUCCAUGUCUGAUGACUUGGACAACCUGAAAGAAAUGGGCCAGAAACUUGCAAAUUUCUUGAGGGAGCUGACUGAUGACUAUGCUAUUGGCUUUGGCAAAUUUGUGGAUAAAGUUUCAGCGCCACAGACAGACAUGAGGCCCUCAAGAUUGCGAGAACCUUGGACAAAUGCUGAUCCGCCUUUCUCUUUUAAGAAUGUCAUCCGUCUAACCCAUGACAUUAAUAAAUUCAGCCAAGAAUUGAUGAUGGAACGUAUAUCAGGGAACCUGGAUGCUCCUGAAGGUGGAUUUGAUGCUAUAUUGCAAACAGCUGUUUGCAAGGAAAAUAUUGGGUGGCGGAAUGACAGCACUCACCUCCUGGUCUUCUCCACUGAGUCAGCCUUCCAUUACGAAGCUGAUGGCGCCAAUGUCCUUGCUGGAAUCCUGAGGAAGAAUGAUGAAAAAUGCCAUCUGAACCAAGCAGGGACUUACACCUUUGAUACCAAGCAGGAUUACCCCUCUGUGCCUACCCUUGUGCGGCUUCUGGGGCGGAGUAAUAUCAUCCCUAUUUUUGCUGUCACCAACCACUCCUACGAUUACUAUGAGAAACUGCACACAUAUUUUCCAAUCUCUGAAAUUGGGAGGCUUCAAGAAGAUUCUUCUAAUAUUGUGGAAUUGAUCCGUGUGGCUUUUGAGCGUAUUCGUUCCAAGAUGGACAUUCGAGCUUACCAUACCCCAAAAGCCAUGAAAACUGAGAUAACAUCCCAAAAAAGUGAAAAAAUAGAGUCUGGUUCAUUCCGUAUUGUUCGAGGUGAAGUGGGAACCUUCAAUGUGCAUGUGAAAGCGCAUAAGCACAUAGGCGACAAGCAUGUCUGUGAUCUCCCAGAGAAAGAACGGAAAGGUAUUAUCCACAUUAAGCCCUCCUCUUUCAGUGACAAAAUGGAGAUUGAUGCCUCUAUUCUCUGCGAAGCCUGCUCCUGCGAAAAGAACCUGGAAGUUAGAUCACCAAAGUGCGGUUUCAAUGGGAACUUUGUUUGUGGACAAUGUGUGUGCAAUCCAGGCUGGCAGGGGGACCUGUGUAGUUGCUCAACAUCCUCCUCUACUGACAAUUUGGCCUGCAUACGACCUGGAGAUACAGAGCCCUGCUCCGGCAAAGGCGAAUGCCUCUGUGGGAUCUGUCAGUGCUAUUCUGAAGAUCUCACCCAGCGCUUUGAGGGACAGUUUUGUGAAUUUGACAACUUGCAGUGUCCCCGCACUUCUGGAUUCCUCUGCAAUGACCGGGGGCGCUGCUACAUGGGUCAGUGUGUAUGUGAAGCUGGUUGGGAAGGCCCUGGCUGUGAGUGUCCCACAAGCAACGAAACCUGUGUCAGCAGCAAUGGGCUGAUCUGUAACGGACGUGGGAGAUGUGAAUGUGGUAGGUGCCUCUGCAAUAGCCCCACUGCCCAUACUGGUCCCACCUGUGAAACUGGAAAUUUGGCUUUGCAGCGGGUGUGUGAGGAAGAAUUCCAAAGUUGUGUCCAGUGUCAGGCUUGGGGGACUGGAGAGAAGAAGGGACAGAAAUGCUCAGAGUGCCGUUUCAAGAUCGAGCUGGUGGAUGAAUUGAAGCAAGCUCAAAUUUGUUCCUUCCAAGAUGAGGAGGAUGACUGCAUUUACCGCUAUACUAGGGAAGAAGAUGCCAACCUCGCACAGAACAAUACUGUUCUUGUGCAAAGGAAGAAAGAAUGUCCACCAGGAAGUUUUCUUUGGCUUAUUCCCCUACUCAUUUUUCUGAUACUGCUCCUGGGGUUGCUGCUACUCCUGUGCUGGAAAUUCUGUGCUUGUUGCAAGGGCUGUUUGGCUCUGCUACCCUGUUGUGCACGAGGUCGUACAGUUGGUUUCAAGGAGGACCACUAUCUGCUCAGGCAGAGUCUCAUGACCUCAGACCACCUGGACACCCCAAUGGUGCGCAGUGGUAAUUUGAAAGGAAGAGACACAGUCCACUGGAAGAUCAAAAACAAUGUGCAUAAGCAAGACUACUCAUCCUUUGCUCUCAAUCCUAAGGAUUUCAUUCCAUAUGGGCUCUCUCUCAGGCUGGCACGGCUCUUCACCCAAAACCUUGCAAAACUGGAUAGCCGUGAGCAUGAGCAACUGCAGAAAGAGGUGGAGGAAAAUCUGAAUGAGGUAUACAGAGUAAUCCCAGGUGUCCAAAAGUUCCAGCAGACAAAAUUCAGGAUUCAGCCAAAUGCUGGAAAAAGGCAAGACCACGCAAUUGUGGACACGGUGCUUCCCGCUCCCCGCUCAGCUAAGAAUGAAAUUAUAAAAGUAACAGAGAAACAUGUCUCACAAGAAGCUUUCAAUGGACUAAAAGUGUCACCUGGUUACUACACUGUGAUUGCUGACCAAGAUGCCCAUGGCUUGGUUGAGUUUCAGGAAGGAGUGGAGCUGGUGGAUGUUCGGGUUCCCCUCUUCAUCAGGGAAGAGGAUGAUGAUGAAAAACAACUGCAAGUGGAGGCCAUUGAUGUUCCUGUGGGCACUGCGGAAAUUGGACGUCGCCUAGUCAACAUCACCAUAAUAAAAGAGCAAGGUGCAAAUAGCAUCAUUAGCUUCCUGGAGCCAGUUUAUUCAUACAGUCGCUUUGACCAGCUGGCUAAGAUCCCCGUUGUUCGAGAAAUAUUGGAGAAGGGGAAAUCCCAGAUAACAUACCGGACACGAGAUCUCACAGCCCAGCAAGGCAAAGAUUAUGUUUUUGCGGAGGGUGAUUUGAUCUUCCUGCCUGGGGAGAAGCAGAAGGAAGUGCAAAUAAAAUUGCUGGAGUUGACAGAGAUUGAUGCCCUCCUUCGGAACCAGCAGCUGAAGCAAUUUGCAGUGGAUCUCAUCAACCCCAGGUUUGGGGCAAAGAUUGGCAAACAACCUCAAACCAUAGUGACAAUUGUUGAUCCAGAUGGGAUGUCAUCAUCAACAAACCUGACUCAGUUUCCACAUUCUCCUAGAGGCAUUCUUGCAGCACCUCUUAAUCCAAAUGCACAGGCGUUAAGCUCUAGGAAGAUCCGUUUCAACUGGUUGCCCCCUCCAGGCAAACCUGCAGGAUACAAGGUGAAAUAUUGGAUCCAAGGAGAUCCUGAAUCAGAGGCUCAUCUGCUUGAUUCCAAAGUACCUUCGGCAGAGCUGACCAACCUAUACCCCUACUGCGAUUAUGAAAUGCAAUCCUGUGCCUAUAAUGCUUUGGGUGAAGGGCUUUAUUCUAAGGUGGUCCACUGUCGAACACUUGAGGAAGUUCCGAGUGAGCCUGGGCGUUUGGCCUUCAACGUCAUCUCCUCCACUGUGACGCAGCUGAGCUGGGCUGAGCCUGCAGAAACAAAUGGCAUGAUCACAGCUUAUGAGGUCAGCUAUGGACUCGUCAACGAGGAAAACAGACCCAUUGGUCCCAUAAAGAAAGUCUUGGUGGAGGACCCUAAGAAGCGGAUGGUUCUGAUUGAAAAUUUACGGGAAUCUCAGCCUUACCGCUAUACAGUGAAGGCCAAGAAUGGAGCUGGAUGGGGGCCAGAAAGAGAAGCUACUAUUAACUUGGCUACACAGCCAAAACGCCCUAUGUCCAUUCCCAUCAUUCCUGAUGUACCAAUAAUUGAUGCACAAGGAAGAGAGGACUAUGAUAGCUAUCUAAUGUACAGCACAGAUGUACUGCGUUCACCAGCUGGUAGCAAGCAUCCCAGCGUCUCAGAUGACUCUGGCUCUCGAUGGAAAUAUGUGCAGCUGCUGGGGGAUGAGCUGGACCUUCGUCGCGUCGCCUGGAGGCUCCCAGCAGAACUGAUCCCUCGUUACUCGGACAGCAGUUGCUUUUCCUCGGACACAGAGGGUCUCCUCCAUGAGGAUAGCACCCCCGCUGAGCUAGUGGACAGUGGUGCAGCCAGCGGCAGUCUACCAAGGAGUGGGACUCCCCAGCCCCAACCAGGUGAAGGAUGGCCGCCUUCCUCCCUCCCAGUAACCAUGAUGUCUCAUCCUACUCCAAGGGCCUGGAAUAUAACUUAUUCAAGUUAUCCCUAUACUAGAUACAUGCACCUGUUGAUGGCAUGAUACAUUUAGCACUUGUAAUGGAAUCUGCUUGUGGUAUGUUGUGAUUGGUUACUUUGCGCCAAGGUCAGUGCUAUCCUAGGCAUGGAAUGGAAUGGAAUGGGAAGUGCAAAGAGGUGGCAUCUGUAAAGCAAGACAGAGAAUUCUGGGUGGACACGUGUUGCCCAUUUCUGCCCUUCAUGUAGCCCACAAAGCAAUUUCAAAAGCCCUCUGCAAGCAGUCACUUCAGACAUCUAAUAAGAGUCCUUUUCCUUCUUGGCAGCCAGCUAUUCGGGAGGAGAAGAAGAAAGAGAAAAAACUGGUGGUCAGAAAGAUGGAGACUGGAUGGUGCCACCCACUAUUUCCUUCAGCCCUUCCCACCACUGGCAUUCAUCCCCCAAUAGAUUAUACCCAAGGAAGCCCCCAGCAGCAUUUGGAAGCCCUCCCCCAAACUGGAAUCCCAUUAGCAUAAGAAAACAGUGCUAUCUGCUACAGCACCCUCUGAAAGUUCAAGAAAAGUCUGUCUCAACAGUGAUAGUUAAGUUUUUUUGGCCCUGUCAAGAAGACAAUGAAAUAGAAAUACAUUUUCACAGCAUAGUCCAGUUUUGGGCACGAUGUGGCUAUUUUCAUUAUGCAAAAGAAUAAUUUUAAAUGCCAAGUAGCCCUCUGUUAAACUUGCUUAAUUCUGAAUCAACAAUCCAUAGCAAGAAUAAAUGUUUUUAAUAAAGCAUUUAUCAAAAGGAAUUGUUUCUAUGUUUUUGACAAAAUAACCAGGUGCCCAGAAAUAUACUAGAUAAUGGGUGCAUUUACAUAUUACAGUAAGCCACCGUUUCUUUUAACCAUGGUUUGCUGAACAAAGCCAUGUUCCAGGUGGGCUAAAAAUUGUGGUAGCAUAUUUGGACAAUUGCUGAUUUGUUUUCCCUUGUGCUUUAGUCAUUUUUGUUGCACAUUUUGUGAACUAAGCUAGGGACUUUGGGCAGGCCAUAAAAACAAACCAAGGAUAAGCAAAUCAACCACAAACAAACCAGACAUCCUUAUUUGCACAUUACAUUGAAACAAACCAAAUGAUCCAUAUUAUUGCUUAGCAGAACAUAUGAACCCAAUGAAUCAAUAUAAUAUUCAGGGCAGACUUAUAUAAUUUCUUGUGUUAAGAUAUUUCAGAAGGAUCCAAUUUCUAAGUAUAGCUAUGAUUUUCUUGAACAUGCUAAACUUGGUGAACUUUCACCAUCCUGGUACGUUCCAGAUGUUUCAUGUGACAGUUUCUAUCAUUCUUCUUGAUGGAACCUGUUGCCCUAAACAUCUAAACAAUACCAGAUAGGGGAUAUUACAUUGUGUAAUCAACCAACUAUUCCAAUGGCUGUUAAGAAAUUCAGUACGUUCUUAGGGCCAUUGAGACAGAACCAGUGCCUUUCCAUGAACAUUUUCUGUAAUUCAUUUUAGAAUGUCUCUCCAUCUUGCCCUGCAUUGUUUCCAACAGUGGUUAAUUGAGUCGACUGAAGGACUCAAAAACAGAAAAAAGAGAUGGCCAGCCAGAGUGUUUGUUAUUAAUAUCUGGCUCCAGCAUGUAUAAUGCCUCUGAAUAUGGAGAUUCUCUAGCUAUUCAGAUACUUGGGUAUAUUAGUCUUACAUGAAACUGUCUAAUGAAUGCUGUAACAUUUCUAGCAAUUAUAGUCAUGUCUUGUCUUGUCCAAGAGCCUGGAACUUGUGAUUGCUGUUUUAAAGUAGAAUUAAGUGGAAAUAACAUUAUCCUUAAAAAAAUAUAGCCUUACUUGAAUAUCAUGUUCUUUAGCAUUUGGUACAUCAUUUGGCAUACAUGAAGCCACCUUCUGACCUACCUAACCCUUGCUCUAUUACUGUUUGUCCUUUCAGCCUGUUUAGUUCUGAUAUUGAUGCUUCUUUGUUCAUUGUGGGUUUAAAUGAUGCCAUGCAAGGGAUGUUGGUGGUUCUGAAGCCUAGAACGCACAUUCUAGAUAAGGAGCAGAAUAAAGCCGAGGCCAGCCUUUCCCAAACUGGUGCUCUUCAAGUGUCUUCAGCUUUGAAUCCAUUAAUCUGCAGCCAACAUGUCUGGUUGGGAAUAAUAAAACUGAAAUCAAUAUAUUGGGGGCACGUGGUUGUGGUUUGAUGCUAGAAACUUUUGAGUUCACGCAUCCUGCUGAGCCAUUUAUUUGACUUAAACAUGGAUUGUUGAAGUUAACCACAAUUGGCUGGUUUCAUGCAACAUGCUGCCCAGAACCUUGGUAUAUGAACCACAGUGUUUGGGUUCACUAAGUAAAAAUUAAACCACAUUAUGGCUUAGCACAGAGUGUGAGCCCAGCCAUUCUAAGAGAACUUUAUUGUCAAGUCUCAUAUUAAUUAACUUGGCUGAGAUGCAUAUCCAUAGUUACUGAUGAUGAAUAUUAACUGUAGCAAACUGGA